UAAUGCCCUGGGAGCGAGGGCUUGGCCGGGAAAAAGAGGGCGCUUUAAAAGCAGCGGGAGGUUGGGGAGCAACGAAACGGAGAGGAUUGGGGGUUCGAGAUUUGACUGGCCGUCGGUGAUCACCUGUAGUUUUUAUUUUUUAAUGGUGGUCAUCGGUUGCUUUGGGUUUCCUCCGAUUCCGUCCACGUUUCCGUUAGAUUUUCCGGCGGGAUCCCGACGAUCCGGCGAAGCUAUUAGGAUCGUCGGCGUUUGGCUCCGGCGAGGAUAAGCUGUGAUGCAUAACAUGGCGGGAGUACUGUUGCAAUAAGAAUUCUAAAUCCAUCUCUGUUCGGAUUCUGAUUCUCGAACGCGGAUCUAUAUUUCUGAAACUUUAAUUGUUAGUUUAGAUCGGGCCAAACGUCUACGAGCCUAGAAAUGUGGAUUUAUGAAUGUAUGAUAGAGAUGAGUUGAAGGUGACGUUCGUGAUUGAUCUGGUUUUUGUUUUCAUUCCUCGGUGUCUUUCAGGGGCAAUUCCAAAGAUCCAGGUUGAUCUGAGCAGCACUAUUGAACUUCUAGAAAGGCAUACGAUGUUUCUAACUCAUUCCUUCCAAAAUAAGAGUGACAAGGGUGUUUUGACUGAAUCAAAAAGCAUGUUUGGAACUCAAGGAGGUUUGCAUCAUCAAAAGUCCGUGUCCAUGGAACAGGAUUGCUGCUCUUUUCAUGGAAGUCUGUUGGAAUUCAUGCUUAUAGCCAAAAAUGUGAGCCUUUUAAAAGAGAUGAAGCAAUCUCUAUUCGAGAUGGACCUGGUUAAGUCCUGCGUGGAUGCGACGGAACUGACAGAAAAGAAAAUGACAGUUAAAAUGCAGCCUGGAAAUUCUUACAAUGUGCAAAGAUCUAAUGAAUGUCUUAUACCAGGACUUCAUGAUGAUAUAGCUCUAGACUGUUUGGCCUUCGCUUGUAGAUCAGAUUAUCCUUCACUUGCUUGUCUAAAUAAAAGCUUUAAUUUAUUGGUUGGUAGUGGAUAUCUAUACAAAUGGAGGAGACGGCUCGGCAUCAUUGAGCAUUGGGUAUAUCUAGCUUGUAGUUUAAUGCCAUGGGAGGCAUUUGAUCCUACAAGGCUGAGGUGGAUGAGGCUGCCCCGGAUGCCUUGUGACGACUGUUUUUCUUAUGCUGAUAAGGAGUCUCUUGCUGUGGGGACUCAACUCCUUGUAUUUGGUAGGGAGUUAACGGGUUUUGCUAUCUGGAUGUAUAGCUUAGUAAGACGUGAUUGGUCACGUUGUCCUCUGAUGAACUUACCUCGCUGUCUAUUUGGUUCCAGCAGCUCCGGUGAAAUUGCUAUUUUUGCUGGUGGAAGUGAUAAGAACGGCCAUGUUUUAAAAUGCGCCGAGAUGUACAAUUCCGAGUUGGGUAUAUGGGAAUCUUUACCUGAUAUGAACUUGCCAAGGAAAAUGUGUUCCGGUUUUUUCUUGGAUGGUAAUUUUUAUGUUAUAGGGGGCAUGUCAAGCCAUACUGAUUCUUUAACAUGUGGUGAAGAAUAUAAUCUUGAGACAAGGACAUGGAGGAGAAUCCAAAAUAUGUACCCUGGUGGUAAUUUGGCAACCCAGUCUCCACCCCUAGUUGCAGUUGUAAAUAACCAACUUUAUGCUGCUGACCAAUCAACAAAUGAAGUUAAGAAGUAUGAUAAAGUGAAUAAUACUUGGAAUGUUGUAAAGCCUUUACCUGUGAGAGCUAAUUAUUAUAAUGGUUGGGGUCUUGCAUUCAAGGCAUGUGGUGACAAAUUAUUGGUGAUUGGUGGACAUAGAGAACCGCAAGGUGAAGUCAUUGUGCUAUGGUCUUGGUGUCCUGAGGAUACAAAUAAUGGAGGACCAGAGUGGGAUGUGCUAUCUGUUAGAGAACGGGCUGGUGCUUUUGUUUACAAUUGUGCAAUAAUGGGUUGCUGAUGAAAAUUACCACAUUAUGGAUACGCUAUGAAUACAGAAGCUUUAGUAUUGGAGAAGGCAAUUAAAGGGCUUGUACCUGCUGCAUGAAUUUCUCUUCCAUGCAGAGUCUUCUUUGGAAUUUGUGUAUUGGAGAAAGCUAUUAUCUCAUUUAAUUGGUGAAGCAGAUUGUUGUUCUUUGGUAUUUUUCUGUUUCAUGUAAUUUUACUCGUUAGCUUCUCUGUUGGCAUUACCUUUGGAGCACUUUCUGUUGAGCAGCAUUUAGCUUUUUUGGAGGCUUCUUCACUUCCCCCUUGUACUCUCCAUUCCCCUCCCCCUUUCUUCCUCUCUUCCCAUUGUCAUCAAUCUAAAUUAAUAAUCUUAGGGGCAUUGGCAUAAAAUGCUAUGUAGUAUGAACGAAACUUACAAAAGUAGCUGACUUAUUUAAACUUCUAUCUUUGUUUCACAUUUAGUAUCUAUCUAUGUGCUACUGUGUGCAUGACCCUGUUUAUUUUAACA